CGGAAAUAAAAGAAUAAAUAGUAUAAAAGGCUUGUGGUCGUUUAAACAGGAAUUAUCUUAAGUGAACGGAUUUAUAGUAAUGUUAGCUGUUUUGGUAUUUUUCUCAUUGUUAUCGAAUCUGGAAGUUGUGUCAGGUUCUAAUCUCACAUGUUACAUAUGCAGAGAUUGUGAACGAAUCGAUAAAGACACGGAGAAAAUAUCAGGAUGUGGUUCUUGUCUAAAGUCCAUUUCUUAUUCUCCUGACAGACGUGUGAUGAGAUCAUGUGAGCUGCACUGUGAACAUCUUCAACCUUUAGAAGGUGUUGAGUUUUACUGUUGUGAAACUGACUUAUGCAAUUCAACAUCCAAAGUCAAUAAAAAUCUCCUGCUUAUUUUUUCUGUUCUUUUUGUUUUAAUUAUAACAUUAUAUCUUAAUUAAUAAAUGUUUAUAAAAAUUACUGAAGAUAAAUAUGCAUAUAUUUUGAUUUUUAUUGCACCAAAACUUUAAUUGCUCUUAUUUCUAUAAUUUUCUUUUAAAUCUACUGCAUUAACAAUUUCGUAA